CGAAUAUGACUGAGAAGUUGGCGGCUUGUCUAUGAGAAGACAGCGGUGAUCACCAAACUGUUUCCAUUGCUGCCCACUUGUCAGCAAUGUCAGCUCCAGUGGUGCUGCUGCGCCACCUGGCGGCCGCAGCUGAGCCGUUCUGCCGGGCGCCGGCGGCGGGUCUGGGCCGACCGUUCGGGACCGGCGGUCUCGGCCGGCUGUUCUGCGCGGCCGCUGGUCGGCCGGCGGAUGCCGCCACGCCGCUGGCCCGCCAGCUGGCGGCCCGGCUGCGCGCUGUCGGCCCGAUGACCGUGGCCGAGUACAUGAGCGAGGUGCUGGUGCACCCGCUGCAAGGCUACUACAGCGCGCGCGCCGACAUCGGGGCGCACGGCGACUUCGUCACGGCGCCGGAGGUGGCCGGCAUGUACGGUGAGAUGCUGGGCGUGUGGCUGGUGAACGAGUGGCAGAAGCUGGGCGCACCGCAGCCGCUGCAGCUGGUGGAGCUCGGGCCCGGCCGGGGCACGCUCAUGUCGGACAUACUCCAGGUGGUGGACCGGCUGGCCGGGGACGUGCAACUAUCUGUGCACCUGGUCGAGGUGAGCAGGCCCCUGGCCCACGUCCAGGCGAGCACCCUCGGGGUCCGCAUGACGUCAGCCUCGGACGGCCUAUCAGACUCCGGCAGCGGGACGGCCUCGUCGCGGCGAGACCAGUCAGAACCCGGUGGACGGGCAGCGUCAUCGUCUGCUGGCCACUCAGAGUCCGGCGGACGGACGUCACAGUCAGGUGACCAAUCAGCGCCCCCGGAGCAAAUGACGUUACCGUCGGGCGACGAAUCAGACGCGGAGACGUGUGACGUGCUGCGCGGCACGACGGCACGUGGCCGAGACGUGCUGUGGCACACCCGGCUGCAGGAUGUGCCCGAGGCGUUCUCCCUGGUCGUGGCCAACGAGUUCUUCGAUGCGCUGCCAGUUCACCAGUUCAGGCGUACCGACGCCGGCUGGCGGGAGGUGCUGGUCGACCUGGCCGAGGACGAGCCGCACCGGCUGCGGUUCGUGCUGGCGCGUGGCAGGACGCCCGCCUGCCUGUACAUCGACGAGGAGGCGGCCGCAGGUCGGGACGAGCUGGAGGUGUGCCCCCGCGCCGGUCUGCUCACCUCCCACCUGGCCGCCCGGCUGGCUCAGGACGGCGGCGCCGCGCUCAUCUGCGACUACGGCCACACCGGCGACCGGGGAGACACCCUGCGGGCGUUUCGGAAGCACAAGUGCGUGGAACCACUGCUAGCGCCGGGCAGCGCUGAUAUCACGUGCGAUGUGGACUUCGCUGCCCUGGCGCGCGCCGCUGGCCCGGAGGUUCUCAAAUUCGGCCCUGUCUCCCAGCGGCAGUUCCUUGCCGAGAUGGGACUGGCGACGCGUUUGGAGCGUCUGCUGACGUCCUGUCCGGAGCGGGCCGACCAGCUGCGCGCCGCCUACAGCAUGCUCACGGGCGACAUGGGCGAGCGGUUCAAGAUGUGGGCGCUGCUGCCGGCCACGGCGGCGCCGAUCCUGCGGUGGCACCCGCCGGCUGGGUUCGCGGCAGCGGCGGCGUCCGGCCUGAUUCAGUAA